AUGCAUCCUCUUCAACCUUGUUUCGAAAUCCUGAAAGUUCUCAUCCAACGUAUUCUUUCUGUUUUGACAAAGAUACUUCGUCUGGAUAGAAGGAACAAAAAAGAAGAAGUUGGGCUUGCAAAGGUGCAAGUGUACAUCCUGAUGGGUCAGUCAAAUAUGCUGGGUGAAGGAAAAGUACAUGGUGACAAAGAUGGAACUUUAGAGUACGCUGUGAUGACUAAAGGUUUGUACCCUUAUUUGAUCGACGAGGAAAAGCAUUGGGUCACCUCGAACACCGUUCGCAAUGUUCGUGUCAUGGAUGCACGUGAUGGAAAGAUGCAUGUUUACAACAACGAGUUCCUGAAUGCAAGCCGAUCUGACACAAUUGGACCAGAACUAGGGAUCGGAAAGAUGAUGGAAAAGGCAUCGGAUGCUCCAAUCUUACUUCUCAAAAGUUGCAUCGGUAAUCGCAGCCUUGGAUGGGAUUUGCUUCCUCCUGGCAGUACAAGGUACGACUUCCACGAUAGGACAUAUGCAGCAUAUGGAGAGUGCCCGGCAUAUUGGGACAAAGGAGCACCGAAACCUGACCCGACUGCUGACUGGUAUGCCGGAAAACAGUAUGAUACGGAUAUUGCUAAUGCGAAAUCUGUCUUGAAUGAGUUGGACAAGUACUACCCCAAUGCUACAAACUACGAAGUAAAGGGCUUCUUCUGGUGGCAAGGCGAUAAGGACCGCUACGAUGACUCCUAUGCAACCUUUUACGAGCACAAUCUUGUUCGUUUGAUUGGUCAAUUGAGGACCGAGUUCGCCGCACCAAACGCAAAGUUUGUACUUGCAACGCUGGGGCAAACAGAUCAGGGAAAUGCAAGUGGAAAUGAAAAGCUUUUGUUGGAUGCCAUGUUAGCAGUAGAUGGUAAUGCAGGCAAGCAUCCUGAAUUCAGGGGAAAUGUUGCUACUGUUUAUUCACAUCCGAUGAGCAAAGGCGGUUCAUCGAACGGUCAUUACAAUGGUAAUGCUGAAACCUAUCAGAAUGUUGGGGAAGCGAUGGGGAAUGCAAUGACAGAGCUUGGCAAUAGCGCAACAAAAUUGGAAGUUUAG